AUGUUUUCAUCGCCGAGUCAGUCAGGGUUCAAUGCAACCCUGAGAAGGACUCAAGGCUGGGCACCAAAAGGGGGGAGGCUGCUAAAGUCAAUUCAAAUUUCUAUCCUGGGCGCCACCUCUGUUAAAGGCCUCAUCAAGAUCAGCUUGAGACAGCCAAUACCAUCUUCCAAAGAAAAGAAAGCUAGCUGGUGA